UUCCACUCUCUCUCCCCAACUUUCCUCAUUUCUGUCGCCUUUCGUUGUGAUUUUCUUCUUUCGGCGUUCCCAAAUUGGCUUUUGCUCUCUCCCAAACCAGAAACUGCUAUCAGCAAAGCCAAUUUAUAUAUCUAGAUCGGUUGUAUACAUACAAUUGUUUAUAUGUAUUGUCGCUGAAGAACCGAAAUACAUCGCCGUAGCUCUUGCUUAUUGUCGAUACAGGGGUGUGGCUUUUGUUACCGCUUCUUUUUGUUUUGGUUGGUUAAGAUGGUUUUGGUGAUGUGUUGCAGAGAAGCCUAAGGGAUACAAUUAUAGUGGGGAGGUUCUUCCCUCUAUAAAUGGGCUGUUUCCAUUCUACUUCAAGAAGGAAGUUUCCUGGACAUGAAGACCCCGUUCUACUUGCUUCACAAACUGCUUUUAGUGUGAGUGAGGUUGAAGCACUAUUUGAGCUGUUUAAGAGCAUUAGCAGUUCUGUCAUUGAUGAUGGGCUUAUUAACAAGGAAGAACUGCAAUUGGCUUUGUUCAAGAACAGAAAGAAAGAGAACCUUUUCGCAAACCGGAUUUUUGAUCUCUUUGAUGUGAAGCAAAAAGGAGUAAUUGAUUUUGGUGAUUUUGUUAGAUCACUCACUGUUUUCCAUCCAAAUGCUCCACAAGAAGACAAAAUCAAUUUUUCUUUUAAGCUAUAUGAUUUGGACGGGACUGGAUACAUUGAAAGACACGAGGUAAAGCAAAUGUUGAUUGCACUUCUGUGUGAAUCGGAGAUGAAGCUGGCUGAUGAAACGAUUGAGAUAAUACUGGAUAAGACAUUCGUGGAAGCUGACAUUAACCAGGAUGGAAAAAUAGACAAGUCUGAAUGGCACAAUUUUGUUACCCGAAAUCCUUCAUUGUUGAAGAUAAUGACACUACCAUAUUUGAGGGAUAUAACUACAACAUUUCCUAGCUUUGUUUUCAACUCAGAGGUUGAUGAAAUAGCUACAUGAGCGAAAGAUGUAUCUUUACCUGUUUGUAUUACAUUGUAGUCUAGAGGAAGCUAUGAGUUUACGUAUUAGUGACAGCAAAAUAUUGGGACUCAAAAGAGAAUUUUGCUCUCGAUUGACAUUCGAGGCAAAAAUUACUGCAUGGUGAUUUUUGAUGAGGCUGUAGCCGUGGCUGUGUGAAAUUAGCACCUGCUCCGUGCGCCCUCCAUUUGUAGCAUAUCUUCUAACAAGUGUAUUUGGUAGUUGAGUCAUUUGUUUGUCUUGAUCUACCAAGAAGCACUCUUACAUCAGUAUUGCUAAUUUUGUGAUGGAGUGGUACAGAUUUGAGAAGAAACUAUUUUUGUAAAAUGAUAUUAAUGAUGAAUGGUAUUGAAUGGUCAGUUAAAAGGAAA